AUGUGUAUCAGCUGCGCCUGCCGCUGUUACGUUGUCCAGAUCCUUUUUCCCCCCGUCUGUUUUUAUUCGCCGUCAUUGCUCUGUCUACGCUUUAGCCCAGGAGUAUAAUUAUUCCCUCCUUUCUCAUGUGUUUUGCAGUAGUUUCACUGUUGCUGCUGCUGCUGCUGCUUGCAAACACUGAAUAGCCUAACCUCUUCAUUAAUUUCUCGCUCUGAUUUUGACGUUAGAACAAAGCUAAGAUGGGCCAUACGUAUACUAGGAGGAGUACCAUCAUAUUCAUCUUCUUUCUAGCUUCCUCUCCUCUUCACAUUCCCUGCAUCCAUCCAUCUCAACCACCACCACCUCAUUUCAGGAGAUCAUCUCCUCCUUUUCUUUGCUAGGGUUUGUUUGCCAUAACUACUAUCUAUCGCCUCUUCUUCACCUCACCUGUCCUGUCGGCCAUGGAGAGCUUCGCCAGUCUCGCAGGAGGUGGCAGCAGCAGCACCACAGCUCGGUUGCCGGAGCUGAUCUCGCCGGAGAACCCGGACCACAUCUCGCCGCCCCCGUUGCUGUACCAGCUGCUCGCCGGCCCGGAGUCGUCGGCGCGGCAGCAUGGGCAUGAUGGGCAUCACCACGGCGGCGGUGGCGGCGAAGCAGCAGCAGCAGCUGUGCAGGGACAGGUCUCGCCGGCAGGCGCGGAGGCGGCGGUCAAGGCCGAGAUCAUGUCGCAUCCACAGUACUCGGCUCUCCUAGCCGCCUACUUAGGCUGCAAAAAGGUCGGGGCGCCGCCGGAUGUACUGACCAAGCUCACGGCUGUGCCGGCGGCGCAGCAGCUGGACGAAGCCGACGGCCACCCUCGUCGCCGGCACGAGCCACAGCGUGAUGACGACCCGGAUCAGCUCGAUCAGUUCAUGGACGCGUACUGCAGCAUGCUGACGAGGUACAGGGAGGAGCUGGAGCGGCCGAUCCUGGAAGCCGCGGAGUUCUUCAGCAGGGUGGAGACGCAGCUCGAUUCGCUCGCUGAGAGUAAUUGUGAAGGCACGGGAUCAUCAGAGGAAGAGCAAGACCCUAGUGACAAGCAGCUGAAGCACCAGCUUCUGAGGAAGUACGGUGGCUCGUUGGGCGAUCUCCGGCAGGUGUUCUCCAAGAGGACCAAGAAAGGGAAGCUUCCCAAGGAGGCCAGGCAGAAGCUUCUGCACUGGUGGGAGCUGCACUACAAGUGGCCCUAUCCCUCCGAGAUGGAGAAGAUGACGCUGGCGCAGACGACGGGGCUGGACCAGAAGCAGAUCAACAACUGGUUCAUCAACCAGAGGAAGCGGCACUGGAAGCCGACGCCGGUGGCAGGCACGGCCUUCCCGACGAUGGAAGCUGCCGGAGGCGGCUUCCGACACUCCGGCCACGGCGGCGGCCUUGCGGCGGCGGCGGCGCUGCCGCUGUACAUGGGCAGGCCGUUCGUUGUGGACGGCAUGUACCGGCUCGGGUCUUGAAGCCUCUGGGGAUCGCAUGGUGUUUGCAUGGUGUUUUUUGCUUGGUAAAUAUUUGCUAGCAGCUUCCCAUGAUCAGCCUGUGGGAUGGUGAAAUGGAAGAACUGAUGAAUCUUCAUCACGAUCUUUCCUCUCAUUUUUUUUUCUUUGGUGUGUGAUAAAAGCUCAGAUGUACCACGUACUACUGUCUGCUUCUUUGCAAAUGGAUAUGUAAUUGAAAGCUUUAAUUCUAAACAUGGGACUCCUCCGUUUUUAUAUUAUAAGUCGUUUUGAUUUUUU